AUGGAUAAAUUAUAUGCUGGAACUAAUCCGGUUGGAAUCAUAUCAGAAAUGUUAAUGGCUUUCCUGAAUGGAAAUUCUCAUGUUUAUCAUGAUUCACCUGUGUUCACAUUGAUUGAAUAUUCUGUUUCUGAACAUCUUGCUAAAUUGUUAGAUAUGGGCGAGAAUUCUGGUGGUAUAACAUGUGCAGGGGGGGCAUUUUCUAAUCAAUUGGCAAUGAUAACAGCAAGAAAUAGUUUAUAUCCCGAGUUUAAAACAAAAGGAUACUUUGGAUUUAAUAAGAAGUUAAUGAUUUUCACGUCUAAUCAAGGUCACUAUUCAAUUGAGAAGACAGCAAUGACAUUGGGGUUGGGUACUGAAAGUGUGAUUAAAGUACCAUGUGAUGAUCAAGGAAGAAUGAAAGUUUAUGAAUUAGAGCUUUUAAUCCAACAAUCCUUUGCACGUGACGAAACUCCAUUCUUCGUAAAUGCAACAACCGGUACCACAGUACUUGGAUCAUUUGAUCCAUUAAGAGAGAUAGGGAAAAUUGCUAAAAGGUAUAAUUUAUGGUUUCAUGUUGAUGGAUCAUGGGGAGCAAGCCUAAUAUUUUCAGAAAAAUAUAAAAAAUUGAUAGAUGGAACUAGUUUGGCUGAUACAUUAGUAAUCAAUCCUCAUAAAAUGCUUGGAAUACCGUUACAAUGUUCGUUUUUACUCGCAAAAGAUAAAUCAAUAUUUUCAAAGAACAAUUCACUGGAAGCAAAAUAUUUAUUUCAUGGCAAUAAAUAUGAUUUAAGUGAUGGUACAGUUGGUUGUGGUAGAAGACCUGAUGCUGUCAAGUUGUUUAUUGGAUGGAAAAUAUUUGGUAUAAAAGGUUAUGGUAGUCGUAUCGACCAUGCUUUUCAGAUGACAAAUUACUUCGUCGCGUUGAUAAAAAAAAACAAUUCAAAAUUUAAAUUGGUAUUGGACGAACCGCCAAGUUUACAAACUUGUUUUUGGUAUAUACCUAGCAAAGAAAUAUUGGAAUUAGAAAAAUUAAAUCAUCAGUUGUAUAAAGAUAAAUUAUCAAAGAUCACAAAAGAAAUACAUAAAAAAAUUUAUGAAAAUGGAAAAUACAUGAUUGAUUAUGCACCAACAAUUCUAAAGGGUGUUGAAUUACCUUUUUUUUUUAGAGUUGUAGUGAAUUCACCUUCAGUAUGUGAGAAAGAUUUGGAAAAUUUGUUAAAGGAAAUUGAAAGUAUUGGUAAAGAUGUUACUAUGAAACUAUUUGAAAAUAUUAACAAGUCAACCGAUCGAAAAAUUAAUGAUAGAUAA